AUAGAGCUGUUUGCCUAGAAGGUCAUAUGUGGUGGUUUCCAUUUUGUUGUUUUCAUUUGGGAUAAAAAAGGGCAGGUACUCAGCCUGGAAACCUAGAGAAAGUUAAGGCGAAAGUGGAGGCCGAGGGAAAGUUUUGCCCUUUGUUAUAUUCUGGUUGGGAGUUUUUGCAUCACAAGAAAACUUGCAAGGUCUCUUCGUUGUCAUGGCUAGCAUGUGGUCUGGAAAAGAAGAAAGAAUCAGGUAUGUGAAAGGAGACCUUUUUACCUGUCCUGGAACAGAUUCCUUGGCUCACUGCAUCAGUGAAGAUUGCCAUAUGAGUGCUGGCAUAGCUGCCAUUUUUAAGAAAAAGUUUGGUGGUGUUCAGGAACUCUUGAACCAACGAAAAGCAACUGGGGAGGUUGCUGUUCUGAAGAGGGAGGACCGAUACGUGUACUAUCUGAUUACAAAGAACAAAUACUUUCACAAGCCUACAUAUGACAAUCUUCGGGGCAGUUUAGAAGCUAUGAAAAUCCAUUGCCUGAAGAAUGGUGUAACUUGCAUUUCUAUGCCCAAAAUUGGGUGUGGACUUGAUCGCCUGGAUUGGAGUAAAGUUUCAUUAAUGCUUGAAGAAGUAUUUGAGGAUACAAAUGUUAAAAUUACAGUUUAUACACUUUAAGACAUUUCUUAUCAUUGCUGAUGUCCAGUCAUAUAUAGUGUUAUGUACAAAAAACAGUUAUAUCUUUCAAGGAUACUCUGUUUUAAUAUUACAGCCAACCACUAGGUGUCUCUGUCUGUCUCUUGGUAAAUGAACCAAUUAUUUAAAAAAGCAUUUUGCUUUGUUUGGUUAGUUCUUUUACUACAAUUUCAUGUUUCAAAAUAAGAUGGAAAAAUAUGACACUUUGGAGGUAAAAUAUUGAAAAUGUAUUUGCUGUUUUUUAUUUUAUGUAAAUAAAUAAAAAUUUGUUUCCAGAUAUGAACCAA